CUUUCAGUCACCACUUGCUUCCACACACCACAAUGAAGCUUACAAUCAUCACCCCUGAGAGCAUCUAUGAACACGAGGUUGAUCCCUCCAUGGAAGUGCGCGACGUAAAGGCAUUGAUCGAGGCCGAGACCACCAUUGCGGCGACGUCCCAGACUCUAUCGUCCGACUCGGGAGUCGUCCUUGCGCCGGAUAACAAAAGCCUAGAAUCAUUUGGCCUCAGAGGCGACAGCGCUACAGUGUUCCUCACAUUCCCGGAGCCCCAGCCCCAUGCCUCGUCGUCUCACGCUCCCAACCCCGAUCUCUCGGUAUCUAGCGAUGCAGACUUCGAGCGGAUGCGCCUCCAGGCCCUAGGUGACCCUCAACUCAUGGCUCAGCUGCGACAGGCCAACCCUGAAUUCGCUGCAUCGAUACAGACUGGAGGUUCAAGGUUCCGCGAAAUGAUCCGCCACCAAGAACAGAACAUGAGGGCAGCGGCGCAGGAGAAAGAGCGGCAGACCGAGCUCCUCAACGCGGACCCUUAUGACAUUGAGGCCCAGAAGAAGAUUGAAGAGGCUAUUCGAAUGGAGGCAGUUCUGGAGAACAUGCAGCAUGCCAUGGAGUACUCCCCUGAAUCUUUUGGACACGUCACAAUGUUGUACAUCAACGUGGAGGUGAACGGCCAUCCUGUCAAGGCGUUUGUUGACUCUGGCGCGCAAGCCACAAUCAUUUCCCCAGAAUGCGCGGAAGCAUGUGGAAUCAUGCGCUUGCUGGAUAGGCGUUUUGAGGGUGUCGCCCAAGGAGUGGGUACGGCUAAGAUCUUUGGCCGUAUCCAUUCUGCCCAGAUCAAGCUUGGCAACCUCUUUUUGCCUGUUGCAUUCUCGGUCAUGGAGGGACGCUCUGUGGACCUUCUGUUCGGCCUGGACAUGCUCAAGCGCCACCAGGCUUGUAUCGACCUAUCCACCAAUACACUCCGCAUUGGCGACACUGAGAUUCCAUUCCUCUCAGAGCACCAGCUACCAGACAAGGCACGCAUUCCCGAGGUCGCUGAUGCGCAAUCGUCGCAACCAUCUCAAUCAACAGCCGGGCCUUCAAGUGCACCAGCUGCUGGCCCGUCUAGAAGCGUGCCCAACUCGUCAGCGACCUCGUCUGCAUCUGAUCGUGACAUUGAAACUCUGGUAGGGCUUGGGGCAACCAGAGAGCAUGCCGCGCAGCUCUUGGAGGCAGCAGGUGGCAACGUCGAUGUGGCCGCUUCGAUGCUCUUCGGGUGAAAGCCGCACUGCCGCACUCGGCAUCAGUGACACACUCACCGUAGCCUGUACAUCAGUCAACCCAGCAAGUCUUUGAUAUGUAGAGUCCAUCAUGC